ACUACUACGCGCAAGCUGCUGGACCCAUCGCGCCUCUCCUCGCACCGAGAGUUCAAGUCUGAGGUUGCGCGCGCGGCGUGGGGGGAGCGCAGGCGGGCCGUCCAUCGUUACCUGUAUCUACGCGAGGCCGGCCCCGGAGCCGCGGGGAGGUUCCUGUCUAACUUUUUCCAAGUGCGCACUCGCUUUGAUGCGAAGCUGUCGGACCCGUCCACGGGGGCCGCGCUUUCUCCCAGUGCGAGGGUUGAGGCUGUUAGGCAAGACCUUUUAGCACGCGACCGCAACGACAAUGAGCAGGCUCCGGGGGCCGAGGAGGCCACGGCACUGCAGGUGUGCAUGAUAUGUAGCGCUGGCGCCCUCGCAGGAGCGUCAGCCCGAGCGCCGCCUUACACGGAUGAUGAGGUGCGCGCUGUGCUGAGCGCCCCCAAGCCUGGUAAACGCACAACACACGGGUGUUAUGCCGCCCUGCGAGUGGAGACACCAGCGGGCGCGCGGCUGACCAGGGCCCUGAUGAACCUCGCGCGCGCCGCCUGCGUGACCGCGAAGAUCUGGUCACUGUGGCAGAUCACCCUCCUGCACAAGAGCGGCCCAAACACAGUGCGGGCCCUCUCCGCCCUGCGGCCAAUUUCCAUUGCUAUGGAAAUGGCAUCGGCGCAGGACGCUCUCUGGAUAGGCCGGAAUAGCGGCGCGCUGGAGGCGCAUUGCGGGCCUUGCCAGCAGGGGGGGGCCGGUGACGCCCUCACCCUUGUAAUUGGCCUCGCCUUGCACGCUCAGCUGCGGCGCGCGCAGGGCCUCCACACUUGGUGGGCUCUAGCUGACGGCAAGUGCGCUUUCGACGCGCCGUCCCGCCAUGCCAGGUUGGCGGGUGUGUACAACGCUGGUGUCCGCGGGCCUGAUUGGCUCAUUUUGGACGACGUCAAAGCGCAGAACCAUCAGUGCCUUUCCCUGCAUGGGCUGCUGAGCCCCCUGAAGCUCGACGGGGUCGCGCAGGAGGUGUCACGCUUGGAAAAGGCUGAGGAGUCGCCGUGGCCCCAGGCGAGGCCCCCCCUCCGCGGCGCCCUCGGCUCGCUAUCGUCGCUGGCUGACCGAGUUGCCCCGCUGCUGCAGAGUGCGCUUGCGAGGGGCAGGUCGCUGUUUGACGAACUUUUGCAGGCGGCGGAGUGCGGGGGCUUCUUCAUCCCAGCUGCCGCAGACCAAAUCCCUCCCCGCAUUGAGUCGGUCAUUAUCUACGCCUCCCCGCUGUUGGCCCUGGCCGAGGGGGCUGAAGCGGCUCUGAAUCGCUUGCAGGUGGAGCUUCGCCUGCCUUCGCCGCCAGUGCAAAUGGACCGGCACCCGGCAUGCGCCGCGGAGCAGCUGGAGGCUGCGCGUGCCAAUCCAGCGCGGCUGGAGCGGCACCGCUUGCAGGUCGUGCGCCCAGCACUCGUGGAACAUGACCGGCAGGCAGAGGCUGCAGAUGCGUGGGCAAGAUGGGGCGUGAAAGACUACUUCCUGACGGCGCGCAUAUCCACCCUCGGAGCGGCUAGCGCCAGCAGCUGCGAGGGGCGGCGCCCCCAGGGCCAGGCGGUGGGCGCCCCGCGGGCGCCCGGCGCGAGACCCGUGCUUUUCGACGGUUUGGCCCUGGACGUUGUCGCCGGCGGCGCUGGCGACCAGCUCGCCAAGUUCGACGGCGGGGCCGUAUCUGCUGCGCUGGCCGGCGCCGCCCGCGCGCCGCUCACUGGCGACGGGCCGCCAGGGCGCGCCGAGGGGGUGGGAGCGGGCGCCGCGAGCGGCGCGCGACAAGGCAGCGCGGGGAGGCAGUUGGACGUCCAGGUGGCGGGCCGAGUCGAGCGCAACAUGGACCAGCCGGUUGACAUUCUGGACCACUGCGCGCCCACGCAGGUCGACUCGCCUUACCAGCAAUAUCAGCGCACGUUGCUCGAGAGCUCGACGCUUUGCUCGGAAACAAACACGCCAGUUGUUGCGAGGAGUGGCAGCGGGUGGCACUCGAAGACAACCCUGACCCUCACCUACCGGGGCCUCAGAGGCGCCGAUGCAAGCGCGGCUCUGAAGGGCGAGGCUCCGCUCUCCGUCCGGACGGGCGGCCGCUAUGGCAUCGGCUGUCAUUUCGCAGCCGAUCCGCUCGCGCCCCCGGCCUACGCAAGGCAGACCCAGGAGACCUCGGCUGUUCCCAGCGCCCAGCUCGCCGGGCCUGCCGCAGCACAGCCCGCCAGGCUCGCCUCUGGGGCGGGAAUCGAGGCGCGCCCCCGGAGGAUUCCGUCGCAGCCCGCCACCCCGUGCCCAUUCCCGGCCGGGCCGCCCCCCGGCGACUGGGGCAUCUUCCCGGGCGCGGCGGCGAAGGGCCGCGCGGUUUUGCCCCCGGCUGCGGCGGGGCCCCCUGAGCUGAGCCCGCCGCGCAGCCCGCCAACGAGGUGGAUCGGCGCUGGGCCAGAGUCCCCGCCGCCCCCGCCGCCGCCGCCGCCUCUGCCGCCGAAAGCGAGCGCGGCCGACGCCGCCUUCACAGGGGCGGCGUCGCCAGCCACCCCGAAGGCCGCAGCGGCCUCGCCCCCGGCUCGCCCGCUGCCCGCGUCGCCGGGCCCGCCGCUUCUGAGCCCGCCGCCCCUUCCGCCGGGGUGGGAGUCCUGGCGUGACUCGGGCAGCGGCGCCUUGUAUUUUCAGCAUCGCAGCUCAGGUGGGCACGCCCCAGCCGUGGCGGGCGCCGCAGGUGGGCCGACCGCGCCCUUGGUCAAGGCGCUCCCGCCCAGUUCCUCUCCGCAGCCCGCUUCGAGCGCCCUGAAGGACUACGCCAGUGAGCUGGCAGCUUUGUGCCAAGAGCUCGAGCAGCUCCAAGUUGCCCGCGCGGGCUGGGAAGUGCUGGUCGGCGCGGGGGCUCCCUCGCCCCAUGCGGCGGGCCCCCCCGGGCCCCCCAGUGCGCUGCCGCUGCUUGACCCCGUUGGCUCGGCCGCGGCGGCGCCUGACCCGCGCCAGUUUGCCGCCCUCGGGAGCGAGGCUGAGCUCCGCGAGGCUGUUCCCGGCUGGCUGCGCAAAGUCCGCGAGUCCUUCGGGCCAAAGCCCGGGGGCGGCCGCGCGAAGAUCGCGGUCUAUUUCGCCUCCCGCUGCCACUCGGAGGUUGACCUCCACAAUGCUGCCACGGCGAUGGGGGUGGCGAUUUUGGCCGGCAUGCGCCGCGGCGGAGCGGGGAAACAGGUGACCGCAGCGCCCCCCUUCGCCCUUGGGACCGGUGACUUUUCACAGCCUGGCUUAGAUAUCACGUGUUCUAAUUUGCCCAAGCAGGUUUUGCCCAUCCAGCUGCAGAAUAAGAAGCAGGGUCGAAUUGUCAUGCACGCCACCCGCCCUCUCUUUGAAGAGCAUAUUGAGGAGCUCCUGCUUUUCUUCGGCCUCGUCACGGACAUCGAGGGCCCCGAGCCGAAGCUUCGCACGCAGGGGAGUCGCGAGGCUGGGCCCCUGAUCGCUCUUGGCCGGCAGCUACGAGCUUUCCUCGCCGAAGAGGUCGCCCCCCCAUUACGUCCUGCGCGCGGGGACCCACCGCUCGUGAUCUCGCCGUUCGCGGGCCCAGCGCUGGCUGCCGACGCCGCCGGAGCUGUGGGCCCGCCGUUGGAGUUGUCAAGCCAGCAGCCCUUGCGCAUGGCCGUUUUAAACCCGGGCUGGUGUGGCUUGCUCGCCCUCGGCACAGACGCGCCCUUAGAUUGGCGGUUGCAGGCCAUGGCGCAGCUUCUGCACGAUGAGAAUAUCGAUAUUUGCACCACCCCCGGUGCGCGAUUCCCGCCGGGUGCGGCGCUGCCGGCAGGGUACCCGUACUGUUGGCUGGGCGAACGCUCUGCUUCGUGGGGCGCUGUCGGGAUCUUCUUGCGACCCGAACUGCUUCCGGUAGUCCGCCCGCUGCUUGACGUCUCGUCUGCGCGGGUCCAGUGGUUUGAAGUUUGGACCUCGUCGAGCGGCACUACUGCCGCGUCGGGGCCGUCUCUUGUCUUUGCCGCAGUUUACCCAGCGCCAGGCGGCGACGUGGAAACCUGGAGCGCGAUCCUUGGUGAGCUCACUCGAUUGCGCUCGCGCUUUCCGCAUGCCUCGUUCCUCGUCGCUGGGGAUGCAAAUAUCCAUCUGUCCCACGUCCUUUCGCACCGCCCGGGGUGCGGCUGCUGCCAUUGUCACCAAUCCCCGGAAGAUCGCGAUAUCGAGGCUAUGCUGUGCGCUGCCUCGCUCAUCGCGUGCAACCCGCCGGUGCCCGCGCACGAUUCUGGCACGUGCAUUGACCUUGUCCUCGCGGACUUGGGCCAACAGAUCUCCGUUGCUGUCAAGGAGGCCGUGGCCGUGGCCUCUGACCAACGCCUGCUGUGCUGGUCAAUGCCGCGCCAGUGUGACCGCUCCGCGCACGUCGGUUUUGGCCGAGUCAGCCGGCGCACUGAUUCCCAAUGGGAUGACGCCCUUAGCGCGGUGGAACCGCUUCUCCAAUUUGCAGCGUCUGCGGUUGAGCUGUGCGUGCAUGCGCCGUGGCUCCGCCCUCCGUGGAGCGGAGGCCAGGCCUCUGUCGCCCAGCGCCGCGUGCUCCUGGACGUGGCCGCGUGGUCACGUGACGUGCUAUACACUCUUGCGGGCCACGCUGCGGGGGUCACCCGUGCGGUGACGUCGGCGGCGUCUCGCAAGCGACGCCGGCCCGUUGGGCCAGCCCCGGCGGAUUUCUCUGAUCACCAGGCCUUCAAGAAAGCGGCCACGCAGGCAGCCUGGGAUGCUAGGAGGGGCGCGGCCCAACGUUUUCUCCACCUUCGGGCUUUGAGCCCUGGGGCAGCGGAGCGCUUCCUGUCCUCUUUCUUCGCUGGCCAAGACAGGUUUGAGAUCGCACUCGCCGACCCUGCCACGGGACGGGUUUUCAGCGCCGACGAGAUGCUCCAAGCCAUCGAGCAGGAUCUGCAGUCGGGCCCCCGCGUGGUGCGUGAUGUCGCGUGCCUCCGGCCCAUCUCGAUCUCCACUGUCAUGUCUGCGGUUGUGGACGCCCUCUGGACACAGCGCAACCGCUCUGCGCUCACGCAAUAUUGCGGCGCUGGCCAGCAGGGCGGGGUCGGGGACCCCUUGCUUGUGUUGCUAGCGCUGCUGCUCCACGCGCAGCUCCGCGGCGCUCAAGGGCCCCCCACGUACUGGGCGCUUACUGACCUUCGCUGGGCCUCGCAUGAUGCCAUGCGCCUGUCGUCGUAUCUUGCUGGCGUGGUGGAGGACGAGUGGCUCUUGUUGGAUGAUUUCAUCCAGAUGGACAUCCAGUUUGUAGCCCUCCAAGGGCUGGCGUCCGAGUUUUUUCGGCUGCCCUGCGGCACCGCCCAAGGCGCCCUCCGCGCCGUUGCAUCUGCCGAGCCAGAUUCUGCGUGUAGCCGGUUUGCCCGCGCUGUCCGUGCCGACUUUAAUUACGCCUAUGGUAAAACAGCGGCCAUGGCCGUUGCUGGUAGCCCCGACCCCGGGUGGGUGGGCUGCCCCGUCGUGGAUCAGAAGCUGGUGCUUGGCGUUCUCGUUGACGCGAGGUGGUCGUUGCGCAAUGCGGCUGGACUUGGCCGGUUGGGCACGCGGAUGCUCGAGCGAGCAAUCAUGGCGCGCGCCCGUCUUUUGGCGCAGCCUCCCGACCACCCCGGCGCCCGCAUGCUCGCGCUGGCGCGCCGCCUCACGCGCGCCUCCUGGGCGAGCGCCGUCGCCGCCCGCAUGGCAGAGCUCGCGCCACCUGUCCUGGACAUCGAUGUCCACCCAGCUUUCCGCCACCCUCUGCGUGGCGCCCAGGGCUCUCUGCAGUUGCGUAGGUCUCUGCUGCGUGACUUCAAACUCCAGGUGGUUCGCCCGGCCCUGCAGGCGCGCGAUCGGGCCGCGUUCCAACGCGCGACCGGCGCCUGUUUGCCCACGCUCGGGAUGUCCUUUGCCGUGCUCGUCCCCGAGCCCAACCAGCUACCAAUGUCCUUGGCGUGCCGUGUCUCCCCGUCGCUCUGGACCGCUGUGCUGCUUGCGGAGCUGCGCAGGUGGACAUUGCCCAUGCUGCGUGGCUGCCCCAGGCAGGCCGCGCAGCGUGCCGAUUUGGAGUCUCGCGCCCUGCUCCCGCCGCUAUCGCACGCGGCCAUGUACAUGUACCAGCUCUUCCGCGAGGGGCCGCCGCCUGAAGAGAGGUGGCGCCACGUUCUCUACGUGGCGCGCGCCUUGCACGACUCGAUAGGCUCGCGCCCGGGCACUUAA